AUGCGUCAAUUCCCCUGGCUCUUAUACGUGUAUCCUUGGAUGCCUUAUCCCCGAAGAAUCAUUAUUUACCUUCGAGAGAAAGGAAUCCCAUCUUCUACUGUAACCAUUGUACCGGUCACAGACCCUCAAUUAGGCAGCCAGGUGGACUCACGGUUCCCUGCUAAGCCACCUGGGAGCUUACCUAUCCUCGCCAUUCCACAGGACAAUCAUGGUGCCCAUUUCACAUACAUUCGUCAGUCGCUAGCUAUUAUGAGCUACCUAGACGAACUAUGCGAGAAUGGCGAAGAGGGGUUCCCGCGCUCUCGUUAUUCCAUGCGUGGAGCCGAUGCUCUCCAACGUGCGCACGUCAACGGAGUGAUUGCCUUGGCGGACGAGUGCACGACUCAAUGGAAUGCCAUACGUCUCUUCGGUACUGGUGCAGGACCUUUUCCUCUACCAGACGCGUCAAAUGAGAUGUUGCGUUGGGUUCGACGCUCACUCAUGACGAUCGAAGAGGCGUACAAAGAUCGCGACAUGGCACCGCUUAUACAGAGUGAGAGGGACGAGUCUGCUACUGGCAGCAGCGUGACCCUCGCAGACAUUGUGCUGUACCAGUUCCUCGAAUUUACCGUCGACUGCUAUGGCGUGGAUAUGACUCAGGGAUCGGGCAAGAUAGUAAAGGACGUUUAUGGGCGAGAUGUCUUGGAGAAAUUCCCAAAGCUGGCAGAGUUUUACAACGCAUUUAAGACUCGGAAAAGUGUGGUCAGAGAUGUUGAGCAGGGAGAGGUACCGCCUUCGACAGUUUUGGAGAAAAUGAGAAAUUGGCAUAAAGGGAGCCUCUAA